AUGCAGCCCGACGCCCACAAGCAGCGCCGCCGCAACUGGCUUCACGGCCUCGCGACCCUCAUGGCCAACCGCGGUACUCCCCUCCCACCCCAGCUAACAGGCGUCCCGCUCCCCGCCAACUUUGACCCCGCGAACAUGCCCUGGAAGUCUCUGGAAGUCUCCCACACCGACCUCGGUGUCGUCAAGCUUGCUGGCCGCGACCUCGACCUCUUCAGGCUCUGGGGACUCGUAACUUCGUCCGGAGGCAGCGCCGCGGUCCAAGGCGCCAACAGCUGGAAUGUGAUCCGCAUGCAACUCGCCCUACCCGAAACCAUGCCUAGCGAGCAAGGAGAACUCCCUCUCGUCGGUACCCUCGAGAGGUAUUACAACGCCCUCCUCGGUCCAUUUGAAGAGGCAUACCGCAGGAACAUGAUGGAGCAGCGUCAACGCCAAAUGCGACCAGGAAUGAACACCGGCAUGAACCCUGGCAUGAACCCUGGCAUGAAUCCCAACAUGAACCAGAAUAUGAUGCCGCCAGGAGGGAUUCCUCCGGUCAAUGCGGCUCGACCCAUCGGGGGCGCACAUCCUGGCACUAUCCAGCCCAACCUCUUAUUCAACUCGCUGUGGUCAGGCGGAGGGAUGCCAGGAGCGAUGGCAACGAACGGGGCCACCAUGCCCGCUAUGAAUGGCGCAGGUGUGAUGCCUAUGCCUAAGAUGACUGCGGGAGGUUUCCCAAACAUGCCUUCGCUCGCGCCGAAUGGCUCCGUGGAUAUUGGCAGCGACGACAUGGAGACUCGGAAGCGGAAGAUGCAGGAAGCAGUUGAGAUCGAUGCGAAACGAGCUAGACAAAAAACAGGAGGGUCGGAUGUGUCGGAUUCACGGUCGGUAAGUCUAAGAAUAGUCCAUAGCACCGAGCGCCCCCGAACCAGCGGUGCCACCAUCACUCGUACCAUACGCCAGCCGUCACGGCGAAAGAUUGAAUAUGUGCCAUUUGCGCCCGAAUUACCGACGCACGGAGGUCGAGAUCUGGACGCUAUUCAAACCGAAUGGAUCCGUAUGACCAAUAGGCCAAUCAAGCACAGCGACGAGUUCGGCCAUGUCGACAUCGACGCCUUGACGCUCUCCCUACGCUCCCGUAUAUCCACCGAGCUGUCGUACUCGCUAGCAACCUUUGGAUUGCUCGCUCUUGUUCGCCCACAGACGCAACACUCCCGUGAACGUGAAGUCGGCUUCCCAAUAGCACAAGCUCCCGAGUUGCUGGAUGAGGCAGUUGAUCUCGUUGAAGACUUCGCCUUCGACGGGAUGGAAGAUUCAGGCGAAUCCAACGACGAUGCGCCCCUUCUCACUCACAAGCACCUUUUGGACUUGAUCGUUGAAGACGAGGGGAAGCCGUUCGCCGCUCUUCACGUGGGCCAAGGCACAAAAGAUCUCAAAGCUGGGCCAGGGCCACGACGAGCAGAUGUCGUUCUCAACGUCGUAUUCAUCAUUCGUAGCAUUUCACAAGGCGACGAAGCCAGCGCAACGUACCUCGCAAAACAUCCUAAACUUGUUCCCGUCUUAAUGCGCCUAUGCAGUCUAGCUCCGCUCAAGAAAGGCUCGCCGCCCACCCCUCUCUCACCCAUCCUAUCUCUCACCGACCUGCUCACCAUCCGCCGAGAGGUCAUCUACAUGCUCAUCAGCUUCAACACGAAUAUCGACCUUACCUCCCAAUCUAACUCCACGCAACGCAUGAUCCGUCGGACGUAUGAAGUCAUCGUUUCGUACCUCGUGGACACCUCCGAAACUAUUUCCCCCUUUCAGUAUAUCCUCCAGACUGGUAUCAGCCUUCAGCACCCCAAGCCUCCGUCUCCCCCCUCGCUCGCCAACCACGCCCUCGAGGCCUUCGCUCGCUUCACGCACUUCGACGACUCCCGUCGCGCCGUCGCCCGGGCGGUGCCCGAACGCUGGCUUUGGACGCUUUUCGAAGGCCUCGUCCACCGCCUGCCGGUGACAGAUCAUGACUUCCAAGCGAUCAUGCGCGAAUCGUGGAUAGCAUACCUCGAGCGUCUCGUCCUCUGCCUGUACUCACUCGCAUUUCUCGCGCCCCCGUCGCUCAAGGAACGCGCGAAGCGCGACACCGCGCUCGGCUUCAGCAAGGUCGUCAUGCGCCUCCUCCGCAAGCUCGUUAUCACCCUCCCGCCCGAGAGCCGGCGGAUGUUCGCGGACCUGCUCCGGCGCGCGGUCGAGCUCCUCAAGGUCGUCGACGACGCCGCGGACUCGUUCGACGUUGGGAACGCCGCCGCCGCGCCGACGCUCACGUUUGGGGUCGGGUAUGGGGAGCAUGGGGACGCACGCGUCGAGCGCGGGCUCGGGAUGUUGUGUGCGUACCAGGAGGACAUCACGUUCGGGCUCAUGAUGCAGCACGAGCUCGAGCCGGCGCUCUUCUCGGAGCUUGAGAGUCUCGCGCGGGUCGGGUGA